GAGAAUAGUAAAGUGGGUUGGUUAUUAUCAUCUAAAGCUAUUGUCCAACUUAUAGCCAAUCCUUUUAUAAGCCCACUUGCUGGAAGGUUUGGUUACCAAUGUUUAUUGUUUGCUGGCACUACCAUCAUCUUAGUUUCAACAUUAGUGUUCGCCUUUUCAGUGUAUUAUAUACCAUUGUUUAUAGCUAGAUCUGUACAAGGUCUGGGAUCUGCUGCAUUAGCUAUAGGAGGAAUGAGUAUAGUUGCUGAACGUUACCCAGACGAUAAACAGAGAAGUAAAGCUAUGGGGGUGGCUAUGGGAGGUUCUGCUACGGGAAUUUUAGUUGGUUACCCUUUCGGUGGUUUUAUGUACACAUUUGUUGGUAAAGUUGCACCAUUCUGCAUCAUAGCUGUAUUUAUCGCCCUUGAUUUAGUAAUGUUCCCUUAUAAAACUAUUAUUAUUGCUUUCUUUAAUCUACAGAGAGAAAAAAAAACAACAUCUUUAUUAAAGUUAUUACAAGAUCCAUAUAUUUUGGUAAUAUCAGGAUCCAUAAUGCUCACGUCAAUGGCCAUGGCGGUUAUUGAACCAACCGUGCCGUUAUGGAUUAUGCAGACAAUGAAUGCUGAAAAAUGGCAAAUAGGGCUAGUUUUUUUACCCGAUAGUAUUGGGUACCUCAUUGGUACUAAUUUCUUUGGUGUUACUGCCAGGAACAUAGGACGGUGGAUAACAACUAUUGUAUGUAUGGUUAUGAUUAGUUUAUGCUUAAUUUGUGUAAGUUUGAAUUAUAAUAUUCUUUGGUUAGGUUGGCUCUACAUACCUACUGCUGUUUUGAUUAUUUUGUUGAUAGGUGCUACAGAUGCUGCAUUGAUGCCAAUGUUAGCUUUACUAGUUGAUACGAGACAUGAUGCUUUUUAUGGGAGUGUGUAUGCUAUAGCGCAGUUAUCAGUUUGUUUGGCAUAUUCUGUUGGUCCUUCUGUGGCAGGUCAGUUGGUAAAGAUAGUGGGAUUUCCAUGGUUAAUACGUGGUCUUGGUAUUAUAAGUAUACUGUAUACACCUUUAUGUAUUUUACUAAGAAAAGUACCAAUUCCUUCAGAG